GUCCUCUUCUCAAACAUAACUCGACUUAUCGUUUUUGAAAUUAAACUAUUAUAAAGAGAAAUCAAAAAGAAGAGAAGACCACCAAACAAACACACAAAAACAAAGAAAAUAAUUAUUUAAACAAAAAUGGCUUCCAAAGCAAUCUUCUUCUCUCUCUUUAUUGUCUCUACCGUGUGUUUGUCCUCUCUCGCCAGUUUUGCUGCCGCAGAUGCUGACGAUUCUGACAUUUUCCAGAUUCAGGGAUCAGUUUACUGUGACACUUGCCGUGUCCAAUUCGUUACCCGUCUCAGCAAAUUCCUCGAAGGUGCGAAAGUGAAGUUGGAGUGCAGAAGCAGAACAAACGGAACCCUAACGUUGACCAAAGAAGCCGUUACCGACAAAUCAGGAAGUUACAAGAUGGAAGUAACCGGUGACCACGAAGAAGAAGUUUGCGAGCUCGUGUUGGUCCAAUCACCAGACAGUGGUUGCAGUGAUGUCAGCAAAGAUGAUUACUUACGUAACGCCGCUAAGAUCAGUUUAACGGCGAAUGACGGAAUCGUCUCUCAUGAGACACGUAUCGUUAACCCACUCGGUUUCAUGGUUAAGACGCCAUCAGCUGAUUGUCCUGCUGCUUUCAAGGAACUCGGUAUCGUCCCUGACGUCACUUUCUAAGCAAAUAACCAAAAUAUAUGACGUCGCCAGAAAAAAAAAAAAAAAUAUAUAUAUAUAUAUAUAUAUAUAUAUAUAUAUAUAUAUGACGUGAGAGAUUUUUAUUUUGUAUUUGCAUCAUCUUUAAGGGGUUUUUGCCAAGUUUAUCGAUUAUUUAUUAUUAUGGAUUAAUAUCAUCCUGAUUUGUUCAUUUCGUUUUUUUUUGUUUAAUUUGAAUGGUACAUUCUUGUUCUAUAGAAAAAAGGAUGUGGCUAA